AUGACACUUUCCAGAGACGAACUUAUUGAAAAGAUUGGUGGGGAAAACCAAUACAACUUCCUCGUCACAUCUUUCUGCGAGAACAUCCAACAAGACAUUGGAUUGAAAGACAUCUUCAUGAGCUUUGAUCUUGAGCUUCUUGCGGAUCGCAUGACAGCACUACUGGACAUUGUCUUGUCACAAACUUCUGACUCUGAGACUCUUGAUGACAAGGAUAGCAACAAGGUUAUCUUGGCCAACUUCAGUCUCUUUGAAGCUGGCAUGAACGCAACACAUUUCAAGUUGCUACAAGCAAACUUUGAAUCUGCUCUUCAUGACGCAUGGGUCGAUGAAGACGUGAUCCAGCAGUGCACCCAAAGGUUCGCAAAGCUACGAACGGUAUUUGAAGAAGAGGGUGCUGCUAUGGAAAAGAGCGAUAUGGCAGGACGUGUCAUGGAAGUCCGCAUGAUGGUUGCCAAGUCUGCCUAA